AUGUUUGCCAAUGCAGCUCGCCAAGUUGGGUCAACUGCCAAUCAAUUUAGAUGGGUUGGGCCCGCUGCUGUUGGGAUCGGUGGUUGCAUCCCAGCUUACUUUAUUUACGACCAUUACGACACGCAGCGACAAGCAAAGACAUACGAGAAGCUGGUCAGGGACAGGUGCUACCUGGACAUCGGCAUCGGCAAUCGCUAUGCCGGGCGCAUCAUCGUGGGCUUGUACUCGGACACCGUCCCUUUGACAUGUGAGAACUUCGUUCAGCUGUGCAAAGGCUACCGAAUCAAGGAGCGCAUCAUUGGUUACCAGAACACGAACAUCCACUUGAUCAAGUCGGGCUGUGCCAUAGCAGGUGGUGAUGUCUUGGACGGCACGGGAAGAACCCGUGGAUUGAGUAUAUACGGAGAGGCGUUUCCAGACGAGAACUUCGAGAUCAGUUUCCUGCGUGAUGGUGAUUUAGCAAUGUGCAAUUGGGGCAAGAACACCAACUCCUCCAUUUGGAUGAUUACCUUAUCGCAACAGAGAGCCUUCACAAACCAUCACGUUUGCUUCGGCACGGUCAUGAAAGGCAUGCGGGUGGUGAGGGAGAUCGGUGAACUGGGGACCAGAGUCGGCCGCCCAGCUGUGCCUAUCAGAAUCGUCCAGUGCGGUGUCCUGGAGGAUGGGAAAGAGCCUCCCCCGCCACCAUCAGUAGAGCUUGAAGAUGACACUGCUCCAUUGAUGACAGAGGACGAGUUCAGAUCGAUCAGCGUGAGCAGCAAGCCUGGUACAGUGCAGCCUUCAUGA